AUGCAGUGCCUAGCUGCCGCUCUUAAGGACGAAACCAACAUGAGUGGGGGAGGGGAGCAGGCCGACAUCCUGCCGGCCAACUACGUGGUCAAGGAUCGCUGGAAGGUGCUCAAGAAGAUCGGGGGCGGGGGCUUUGGUGAGAUCUACGAGGCCAUGGACCUGCUGACCAGGGAGAACGUGGCCCUCAAGGUGGAGUCGGCCCAGCAGCCCAAGCAGGUCCUCAAGAUGGAGGUGGCUGUGCUCAAAAAGCUGCAAGGGAAAGACCACGUGUGCAGGUUCAUUGGCUGUGGUCGGAACGAGAAGUUUAACUACGUAGUGAUGCAGCUCCAGGGCCGGAAUCUGGCUGACCUGCGCCGCAGCCAGCCGAGAGGCACCUUCACGCUGAGCACCACACUGCGGCUGGGCAAGCAGAUCCUGGAGUCCAUCGAGGCCAUCCACUCCGUGGGCUUCCUGCACCGCGACAUCAAGCCGUCAAACUUUGCCAUGGGCAGGCUGCCCUCCACCUACAGAAAGUGCUACAUGUUGGAUUUCGGGCUGGCCCGGCAGUACACCAACACCACGGGGGAUGUUCGGCCUCCUCGAAAUGUGGCCGGGUUUCGGGGGACUGUUCGCUAUGCUUCGGUCAAUGCCCAUAAGAACCGGGAGAUGGGCCGUCACGAUGACCUGUGGUCCCUCUUCUACAUGCUGGUGGAGUUUGCAGUGGGUCAGCUGCCUUGGAGGAAGAUCAAGGACAAGGAGCAGGUAGGAAUGAUCAAGGAGAAGUAUGAGCACCGGAUGCUGCUGAAGCACAUGCCCUCCGAGUUCCACCUCUUCCUGGACCACAUCGCCAGCCUCGACUACUUCACCAAGCCCGAUUACCAGCUGAUCAUGUCAGUGUUUGAGAACAGCAUGAAGGAGCGGGGCAUUGCCGAGAACGAGGCUUUUGACUGGGAGAAGGCGGGCAACGACACCCUCCUGUCCACGAGCACCUCCACCCCGCCCCAGCAGAACACCCGGCAGACGGCAGCCAUGUUUGGGGUGGUCAACGUGACGCCGGUGCCCGGUGACCUGCUCCGGGAGAACACCGAGGAUGUGCUGCAGGGCGAGCACCUGAGUGACCAGGAGAACGCACCCCCAAUCCUGCCUGGGCGGCCCCCUGAGGGGCUGGGCCCCAGUCCCCACCUUGCCCCCCACACCGGGGGUCCUGAGGCUGAAGUCUGGGAAGAGACAGAUGUCAACCGGAACAAACUCCGGAUCAACGUUGGCAAAGCCCCCUGUGUGGUGGAGGAGGAGCAGAGCCGAGGUGUGGGGGUCCCCAGCUCCCCGGUGCGUGCCCCCCCAGAAUCACCGACAACCCCAGUCCGUUCUCUGCGCUACCGGAGGGUCAACAGCCCUGAGUCGGAGAGGCUGUCCACGGCAGACGGGCGGGUGGAACUGCAUGAGAGGAGGUCACGGAUGGAUCUGCCCGGCUCCCCCUCACGCCAGGCCUGCUCCUCGCAGCCGGCCCAGAUGCUGUCGGUGGACACAGGCCACGCCGACCGGCAGGCCAGCGGCCGCAUGGACGUGUCAGCCUCCGUGGAGCAGGAGGCUCUGAGCAACGCCUUCCGCUCAGUGCCGCUGGCCGAGGAGGAGGACUUCGACAGCAAGGAGUGGGUCAUCAUUGACAAGGAGACCGAGCUGAAGGACUUCCCCCCGGGGGCUGAGCCUAGCACUUCAGGCACGACGGACGAGGAGCCUGAGGAGCUGCGGCCGCUGCCUGAGGAGGGCGAGGAGCGGCGGCGGCCAGUGCCAGAGCCCGCCGUCCGGCCCCGGGGACGUGGCAUGCACACACUGGCCGAGGAGGACCUGCGGCUGACGCCAGCCCAGCCCCCACCGCCCCAGCUGAGCCAGGCUGAUGGCCGGUCAGAGACAUCCCAGCCCCCCACGCCUGGCAGCCCUUCCCACGCGCCCCUGCACUCUGGACCCCGCCCUCGACGGAGAGAGUCGGAUCCCACGGGCCCGCAGAGACAGGUAUUCUCUGUGGCGCCCCCAUUUGAGGUGAAUGGUCUCCCACGAGCUGUGCCCCUGAGCCUGCCCUAUCAGGACUUCAAGAAGGAUCUCUCCGAUUACCGCGAACGGGCUCGGCUGCUCAACAGGGUCCGGAGGGUGGGCUUCUCGCACGUGCUACUCACCACCUCCCAGGUCCCGCUGGCUCCUGUUCAGCCUCAGACGAAUGGGAAAGAGGAAGAGGAAGAAGAGGAGGAGGAGGAGGAAGAGGAGGAGGAGGAAGAGGAAGAAGAAGAGGAAGAAGAAGAGGAGGAAGAGGAGGAGGAAGAGGAGGAAGAAGAGGAGGAAGAGGAGGAGGAGGAGGAGGCAGUGGCCUUGGGGGAGGUGCUCGGGCCACACAGUGGCUCUAGCAGUGAGGGCAGCGAGAGGAGCACGGACCGGAGCCAGGAGGGGGCCCCAUCCACACUGCUGGCUGAUGAUCAGAAAGAGUCCAGGGGCCGGGCCUCCAUGGCUGACGGGGACCUGGAACCUGAGGAGGGCUCCAAAACGCUGGUGCUUGUCUCCCCUGGCGACAUGAAGAAGUCGCCCGUCACUGCCGAUCUGGCCCCCGACCCUGACCUGGGCACUCUGGCUGUCCUCACUCCUCAGCACGAGCGGCCCCAGCCCACCGGCAGCCAGCUGGACGUGUCUGAGCCAGGCACUCUGUCCUCUGUCCUCAAGUCUGAGCCCAAGCCCCCUGGGCCUGGGACAGGGCUGGGGGCUGGGGCAGUGACCAUAGGGGCAGGGGGAGUGGCAGUCACCUCCUCACCCUUCACCAAAGUCGAGAGGACCUUUGUGCACAUUGCAGAGAAAACCCACCUCAAUGUCAUGUCUUCUGGUGGACAAGCCUCCCGGUCUGAGGAGCUCAGUGCUGGGGGCGAGCUGGGCCUGGAGGUGCCCUCUGAUGGGAGGGCUGCAGAGGAGGGGGCCGCUGUGCACCUGGAGAACGGCAUUGCCCUAUCAGGGUUGGAGAGCUGUGUCCUGGCUGCCCCCCCUGAGAGCAGCCCCUUGGAGAUGACCACAGACUCACUGCCCAAUGGCCCAGCCCUUGCCGAUGGGUCAGCCCUGGAGUCCCUGCAGGAGCCAGGCCCUGAGAAACUUGCCACCAUCUCCCCCAGUCGCCAUGCCAUGCCAGGCCCUCGCCCCAGGAGCCGAAUCCCUGUCCUGCUGUCUGAGGAGGACACGGGCUCGGAGCCCUCCGGCUCACUAUCCGCCAAAGAGAGGUGGGGCAAGAGGGCCCGACCACAGCAGGACCUGGCGCGGCUGGUGAUGGAGAAGAGGCAGGGCCGCCUGCUGUUGCGCCUGGCCUCUGGGGCCUCAUCCUCUUCCAGUGAGGAGCAGCGCCGUGCCUCUGAGACGCUCUCAGGCACAGGCUCCGAGGAGGACACGCCUGCCUCCGAGCCUGCGGUGACCAGGAAAGCUGGUCGCCCAGCUGCCACCCGGAGCCGGAUCCCCCGCCCUAUCAGCGUCCGUAUGCCCACGCCUGCCGCAGCCCAGCAGCCCCCUGACAGACUCCAAGGCGCAGCCCCAGCAUCUGACACAGCCAUCACCAGCAGGCUCCAGCUGCAGAAGCCCCCGGGGACGGCCACUGCUGCUGACCUCCGUCCCAAACAGCCCCUCGGCCGUGGCCCAGGCCCGGGGCGAGCCCAAGCCGGCACCAGGCCCUCAGCCCCGCGAAGUCCCGGCCUCCCCGCCUCCUCCGCGCACCAUCCCAGCGCGUCCCCCAGGAGCCGGUCCCUGUCCCGCAAAGAGAGCCCCUCCCCCUCGCACCAGGCCCGGCCCGGGCCCCCCCCACCCCGGGGCGCCCCGCAGUCCCGGGCCCAGCCUGAAGGCACCCCCUCCCCGGGGGCCUCCAAGAAAGGACCCAGAGGGAAACUCCAGACUCAGCGCGCAGCAACCAAAGGCCGGGCGGGGGUCGCGGAGGGCCGGGCUGGGGCCAGAUAA